GUGACAGAACUUUUCUACUAUAAUUUAUCUGAAAAGAGAAGGAAAGUGUUAGGCUCGGACUCCACAUUCGCUCCAAUCUUCCAGUCAACUCAGAUUUAGGACAUCCAAGUUUGUUUGACCAUGGCUACUCACCACGUGUAUAACUUACCGUCUAUUUUUCUUCAAUAGGAUUUCCUUCUCUUGAGUUGGUAGCUCUACACCAUUACUUGUUCAGCAGGCAACUGAUCAUUGCUUGAUUUUCCAUUGUUUUCUUCAUCCAUGGCCCUAUAAAAAGCCCUCUAACGAUCAGCAGUAAAGCAUAUUCCUCAUACUGCAAUUUCGCAAAAGUUUUCAAACAAGUUUAGAUUGCUAGAAUGGUGACUUCAGUGGCCCCCAGAGUAGAGAGCUUGGCAAGCAGUGGGAUUCAGUCAAUCCCGAAAGAGUAUAUCAGACCUCAGGAAGAGCUGACAAGCAUAGGUAAUGUAUUGGAGGAAGAGAAAAAAGAGGAAGGGCCUCGAGUUCCAACCAUUGAUUUAAAGGAAAUUGACUCUGAGGACAACGAGGUACGCCAAAGAUGUCGCCAGGAGUUGAAGAAAGCUGCCAUGGAAUGGGGUGUGAUGCAACUUGUUAACCAUGGAAUCUCGGACGAACUCAUGGAUCGUGUCAGGAAAGCUGGACAGAAGUUCUUUGAACUCCCUCUUGAGGAGAAAGAGAAGUAUGCAAACGACCAGGAUUCAGGGAAGAUUCAGGGGUAUGGCAGCAAGCUAGCUAACAACGCUAGUGGGCAGCUUGAAUGGGAAGACUACUUCUUCCAUCUUGUGUAUCCUGAGGAGAAGAGAGACUUGUCAAUCUGGCCUAAAACACCAAGCGACUACACUGAAGUCACAAGUGAGUACGCAAGGGAACUCCGAGCCCUAGCAAGCAAGAUUCUUUCGGCACUGUCACUCUGCUUGGGAUUGGAAGAAGGAAGGCUAGAGAAGGAAGUUGGUGGCUUGGAAGAGCUCCUCCUCCAAAUGAAAAUCAAUUACUACCCCAAAUGCCCUCAACCAGAACUCGCUCUCGGCGUUGAAGCUCACACAGAUGUAAGUGCACUCACUUUCAUUCUCCACAACAUGGUUCCUGGGCUUCAACUUUUCUACGAAGGCAAGUGGAUCACCGCCAAAUGUGUUCCAAACUCCAUCAUCAUGCACAUUGGCGACACCAUCGAGAUCCUCAGCAAUGGUAAGUACAAGAGCAUUCUUCAUAGGGGUUUGGUUAACAAGGAGAAGGUUAGGAUCUCAUGGGCAGUUUUCUGUGAACCGCCAAAGGAGAAGAUCAUUCUCAAGCCACUGCCAGAGACAGUGUCCGAGACAGAGCCUCCUUUGUACCCUCCUCGCACCUUUGCUCAGCAUAUCCAGCACAAGCUGUUCAGGAAGACCCAGGAUGGUCUGUCUAAGUGAGACCAGUCUUUAGUUACAUCAAAAAUAUCUUGUGAUUUUCAAUGCAUGUUUUCGGGUCUGAUGAUGCUAUAUUUUCAUGAUUUAAAGCCUUGGAUGUGGUAGGCUGACACCAGUGUGGUGUGUGUCUGGCACUCCUUGGCUUCUCUUUCACCUGUUUUAUGGAAUAAUGAGAGACUAAUUUGCUUCCUUGUAUUAAGCUGUUUCUGAAUUAAUGCCUUUGUUUACAUUUUCUUCCUCGAUUUGUCUCCUGAAUCUUUC